GCAGUGACCAUCGUACCAGCGGCCAUAUCGCUAAGCUCAGCCCUUCGGGAGCGGGCGGUGCCGGAGGCGGGCCAGGACGCGGUUGCGCCGUAGGUGUAGUGCCCGCCGCGACAUCGCCGCCAUGUUGUGCCGCCUGUCCUCGGCGGGCAGGUGGGAGUCGCGAAGCAGUGUCAAGGUGGUAGCACCAUUGGGAUGCUUGGCCUCUAGGCAAAAGCACACUCUUCCUGACUUGCCAUAUGACUAUGGCGCUCUGCAGCCACAUAUUAGUGCAGAGAUCAUGCAGCUGCACCACAGCAAACAUCAUGCCACCUACGUGAACAACCUGAAUGUUGCGGAGGAGAAAUACAAAGAGGCACUGGCAAAAGGUGAUGUUACAGCUCAGGUGUCACUUCAGCCUGCACUGAAGUUCAAUGGUGGGGGUCAUAUCAAUCACACCAUCUUCUGGACAAACCUUUCUCCUAAUGGAGGAGGAGAGCCUAAAGGAGAAUUGAUGGAUGCCAUCAAGCGUGACUUUGGUUCCUUUGCAAACUUCAAGGAGAAGCUGACAGCUGUAUCUGUUGGUGUUCAGGGAUCAGGCUGGGGGUGGCUUGGCUAUAACAAGGAGCAGGGGCGCCUACAAAUAGCAGCUUGUGCUAAUCAAGACCCUUUGCAAGGAACAACAGGUCUCAUUCCUUUGCUAGGAAUUGAUGUAUGGGAACACGCUUAUUAUCUUCAGUACAAAAAUGUUCGACCUGAUUAUUUGAAAGCCAUCUGGAAUGUGAUCAACUGGGAUAAUGUAUCUUCAAGAUAUGCAGCUUGCAAAAAGUAGAGUUGGAAUUCUUGCACAGACUUCUAAAAUGUCACCACUUCUACUCUGAUACCACUCUUGUAGUAGUGCCUGUGGCUUACAAAUGAUUUGCUCUACUGCAGAAAACACUUAGCUCAUCCAACAAAAGCAUUUCAUAACCAAGCAAAUUGUCUGCUUGUUUAAUUCUAUGGAAGGUGUUUACUUAGAGUUUUGAAGCUUUAAAAUGUUGUGCAACAGAGGGAGACAUUUCAAAUAAUCUUUUCCAUUGCAUAUAGAAACAUAGGUCACCUUGCUGAAGCUUUAUGAGGUAAUGGAUUUCCUUGUUGCACUAAAAUACCUACGUGGAAGUAUGUACUAGUGUUGCUAUAGAGAAAUAAAACUCUAAAGAAGAAUCUUCUAUAGCUGUC